CAGCAGCUGCCCCGCCUCUCUGGGCUGGCUGCUCAGAACAGCUGACUUGAGCGCUUGUUCAUGUGACCACCACCGCAGUUCCUGGAGGUGCUCCUCGUCUGGAACCCAGGGUGGUCGCUUAGAGGGGCUCUUUCUGUGAGGUGCACCAGCAACACGCUGCUGGGGCGUGGAAGGAUUAAUCAGUGACAGGAAACAGCCUCUAUCCGAACAAGGGACACUUGUGGUCAGAGGAGCCCCUGCCAGGCCAGCCCCGGGAAUACUUGCUGCCUCCCACCUGCUGCUUGCCCACCUGCUCCUACAUGGCGCGUCUUGAGGUUUUCCUCUUGCUGCUUGGGGCCCUGGGGACUCUCGCUGAAAUCUGUGUCAUACCACGGAUGGACAGCCAACUGGUAGAGAAGCUGGGCCAGCAUCUUCUGCCAUGGAUGGACCGCGUUUCCCAGGAGGACCUGAACCCCAGCAUCUUUGUAGGCCUGCGCCUUUCCAGCAUGCAGGCUGGGACCAAGGAGGCCUUCUACCUGCACCGCCUCAAGCUCAAUUAUCAGCAGUGUCUCCUGGGGUCCGCCUCCGGUGAUGACAAGACUGACUGCCCGACCAAGCCUUCCAUGGGCCAGCUGGCCUUAUACCUGCUGGCUCUGAGGGCCAACUGCGAGUUUGUUGGUGGCCACAAGGGAGACAGGCUGGUGUCCCAGCUCAAGUUGUUCCUGGAGAAUGAGAAAAGUGCCAUUGGGCACAAUCACAAGGGCCGUCCCCGGACCAGUUAUUACCAGUAUGGCCUCAGCAUCCUGGCCCUGUGUGUUCACCAGAAACGAGUCCAUGACAGCGUGGUGGGCAAGCUUCUGUAUGCUGUGGAACAUGACCACCAUCUCCACCAGGGCCACCUCUCAGUGGACACAGUGGCCAUGACUGGCUUGGCCCUCUCCUGUCUGGAGCAUUUCAAUUUCAACCCUGAUCUGAGACCACGGAUCACCACAGCCAUCGGAACAGCGCGAGAGAAGAUCCUGAGGGCUCAGACUCCUGAGGGCUACUUUGGAAACGUCUACAGCACCCCACUGGCACUGCAGUUGCUGAUGACCUCCCCAAUGCCUGGGGUAGAGCUGGGUACAGCAUGCAGCAAGGCGAAGGCAGCUCUGGUGGCCAGCCUGCAGGGUGGAGCUUUCCAGAAUGCACUCACGAUUUCCCAGCUGCUGCCAGUCUUGAACCACAAGACCUACAUGGAUCUCAUCUCCCCAGACUGCCAAGCACCCCGAGUCAUGUUGGUGGCCCCUGUUGUUGAGGACCCUGCCCCGGUCCACAUCCCAGAGAUCAUUAGAGUCACACUGAAGGUCGCCAGUGUCUUGCCACCUUAUGAACAAACCCUCUUUGUUCUUGCUGGGUCCUCCUUGGAAGACGUGCUGAAGAUGGCCCACCACCUGGGAGGGUUCACGUAUGAAACACAGGCCUCUUUGUCUGGCCCCUACCUGACUUCCGUGAUGGGCAAAACAGUUGAGGACCGAGAAUUCUGGCAGCUCCUGCGGGCCCCCGACACUCCCCUGUUGCAAGGCAUUGCUGACUACAGACCUCAAGAUGGAGAAACCAUCGAGCUGCGGCUGGUUAGCUGGUAGCCCUGGGCUCCCUCGCCCCCAGCCGCUUCCAACACUCCCUGAUGUCCCUGGGACAGCCAGCCAUCUUGCCUAACCCCACUGCCUCCUCCGCUCAGAC